CAAAAAGUAAAAUGACCUAAUUCUUUUCUCCACACUCAAAAAGAAUGAAAGACAAAUAAAAAAGGAAAAAAAAAAAAGCAAGAAACGUAGAACAGGUGAAAGACAGAAGGUAAAGUUGAUCCACUCUCUCAAUAUCUCUUCUGCCCAUCUCUUCUCAGUUCUCAGAUUUGUUCAGUAAUCAGGAGAGACAAAUACAUUUACAAUCAGGAAUUGCUGCCACGUUAGACUUUCCAUACUCCAUUACUAUUUUAAUUCCAAUUCCUUCUUAAUUUCUUUUAAUUUUUUUUUAUUUUUCUUUCUUGGCUGUUUCUUUUUCCCUCUUGAUUUUCAAUUUCUGGGUUGUUCUACUAACUUUUUCUCCAUUAUUAAGCAGUACAAAAGUUGACUUAAUCAUCUCUAAUUUCAACUCAAAAACCCCAUAAAGAAUUUCACUUUAGAACCCUCAAAUUUUCCUUCAAAAAAAAAUCCCAAUUUGUUUAAAGACGUGAAUUUGGUAAUGAAAGUUGAUCUAAUCAUAUUCAAUUUCAACCCAAAAUAUACACAAAAAAAUUUCAUAUUAGAAAUCUUGAACUUUCUUCAAAAAUAAAAAAUACCCAUUUUAAUUUAUAAAGUGAACUUUGAAAAAAAGGAGAAAAUUUGGGUGAAAAAAGGAGGCGGAGAUGGGCAAUUCAUUUGGUUGCUCCGCCUCCGGUGAGAGGUUAGUGUCGGCUGCAAGAGAUGGUGAUUUAGUGGAAGCAAAGAUGCUUCUAGAAUGUAAUCCAUGUCUUGCUAAAUAUUCUACUUUUGGUGGUCUUAAUUCUCCUCUUCAUUUUGCUGCUGCUAAAGGUCAUAAUGAGAUUGUUGCAUUGUUGCUUGAGAAUGGGGCUGAUGUCAACUCCAGAAACUACUGUGGUCAGACGGCGUUGAUGCAAGCGUGUAGAUAUGGACACUGGGUGGUUGCACAAACACUUCUGCUCUACAGAUGCAAUGUUACUAGAGCAGAUUACCUCAGUGGUAGAACUGCUCUUCAUUUUGCAGCUGUUAAUGGUCAUGUAAGAUGCAUAAGGUUGUUGUUUGCUGAUUUUGUCCCAAGUGCACCUUUAAAUUCUUUGAAUGCUCUUAGUACUGAGGGUGAACGAUCAAAUGUGAAAAACAGUGCAUUAUCCAAGUUUGUCAAUAAACCUGCUGAUGGUGGUAUUACAGCCCUUCACAUGGCUGCACUGAAUGGGCAUUACGACUGCGUGCAGCUUUUGCUUGAUCUUCAGGCAAAUGUGUCAGUUGUGACGUUUCAUUACGGAACAUCAAUGGACUUGAUCGGUGCUGGAAGUACACCUUUGCAUUAUGCUGCUUGUGGGGGAAACUUGAAGUGCUGUCAGAUUCUCCUUGCAAGAGGCUCCAGUCGCAUUACUUUGAACUGCAAUGGAUGGCUUCCUGUUGAUGUUGCAAGAAUGUGGGGACGUCAUUGGCUUGAGCCUUUAUUGACACCAAAUUCGGAGUCAAUAGUUCCAGUAUUUCCUCCUUCAAAGUACCUUUCUUUGCCCCUUAUGAGUAUUCUCAACAUAGCAAGAGAAAAUGGGUUGCAAGCUUCAGUAUCCUCCUUUGAUGAGUCAGAUACUUGUGCUGUAUGUUUGGAGAGAGCGUGCAGUGUGGCUGCUGAAGGUUGCGGGCAUCAACUUUGUGUCAAAUGCGCACUCUACCUUUGCUCUACAUGUAACAUUUCUUCCGAUGUAGUAGGCCCACCGGGAUCCAUUCCCUGUCCACUUUGCCGACACGGGAUUGUUUCUUUCUCUAAACUCCCAGGUUCUCUUGAAAAAGAAAUAAAACUUCCCCUUUCUCUCGGUUUUUGCACUCCAUGUAUGCUUCAUCCUCGGGAAUCAGAUCGAUCAACAGCCACUUCCACUCCCGACAUACGAAAGAACCGGGUAGCUUCCGUGUCUUCCGAUAUGUUCUGUCCUGUCUCCUGCAGUCCUUUCCCUUCGGUUGCGAUCCCCUUGUGUAAUUGUAACGAAGGUCCGUGCCCGUCUUUUGAACCCCGAGAUGUGGAAAGAGAGGAUGAGUCUCCUCGACAUUCACAAGGGACAGUUGAUUCGGAUAAAAUGGAAGGUCCUAGAAUAGAAAGAACAAGCUGUUCUAGUAUGUUCUGGGGAAGGAGAAGCUGCAGCAGAGAGCAUCAGUGCAAUUCUGAGAUUAAUGCUUAAAGUAAAUUAGACAUUUAUUGGAUUGCAUCUGAGUUUAUCAGUCAGUUGCUUGCUGAUAUAUUCAGGAACAUUUUUUCUUUGAAAGGAGUAGUUUUUUUUUCUCUCCAUACAAGGUUUAGAAAGAAAAGAAGCGUCUCGAGGCGCAAGGGUCUGAAUUCUACUGUAGAUUUUUAGGGAUUGAGAGAUUGAUCUGUAAAUUUUGAUGUCAAAAAAUUGGGUAUGUUGAAGUUGUUCAUUUCUUCCUUGUUAUAUCCCACAUGUAUACAAGUUAACUCUUUCAUUCUUAGAUUUUUAUGAUUGAACUUUGUUGGAAAUUUCAGGUCUUUGUAGUUGUCAAACUUGUUGUGAACAUCUGGUAAAAUCCAAAAUUUGGUGUAAUUAAUGUGUUAUGGAUUAUCAUGAAAAAUUUGAUACGGA